AUGCCUCAGAAAACCCUUUUAAUUACCGAUUUUUUUUCUAAAUGCCGUUCGACAACUACUUCAAAUGCUGCUCUUUUUGAAAAGCCUAUGAAAGUGAUUAAAGUUGAAGAACAAUCAAACUUGUUCGAAACAAAUCUUGAUCAAUGUACACCCAAUCUUACUCUCGAAACAACAUCUGUGCCGAAGUCUCCCAUUCCUACUCGAAUAAAAUUUGUCCGUCAUCAGAGUGCUCCACUACAUCAUCGUAGUCCAGUUAAAAUGCGUGAACAUACUAUAGAACCACAAGAUCUCGAAGAAAUACGUGCACGCAUUCGAGCAUAUAGAAUUGAAUUACACAAAUAUAAAUCAACAUAUUCUCGUUCACCUAUUAAACGAUUCAAUACGAAUGGUGAUAUUACAACAAGUCCUUUUAAACAUCCAUCACCACAAACACCUGGAAAAAGUUAUCCAUCACUUCCAGCUUAUGAACGGUUUAAGUCUCUUAUAACAACAAGAGAAUUACCAUUACCCACUAAAUAUGAAAUAAUACUUGAACAAUAUAAACAUUUAGACUUUCUCGUUUGUCAUACACAUAAUAAUGGUGGAAUAAGUACAUUUGAAAAAAUUCAACAAGUGAUACAACAAAAAACUAAACGAAAUUUUACAUUACAAACACUUGGUCGUAUUAAAACAAUUUAUCCAACUAUGUACGGUUUUCAACAAGAAAAAAUUCAAUUGCCAACAUUAAGUCCUGUUAAACUAAAUUAUGAAUUAACAAUUACACCAACUGAUUUCGGUAUUCAGUCAAAUGUACAAAUAACUCCAGCGAUUAUUGUAGAACGAAUUGAUUGUUUUCGUUGUGCAUUACUUAAUUUAGUUAAAACACACCAUCGAACAUUUUUAUCAAAUAAACUACAAUUAAAAAUUGAAGGUGUUCCUAAUGAUGAAAAUCUCGUUCGUUGGCAUCCAGAUUUUGAUCUUGUAAAUAUUCCUCAUAUUGAUAUAGCAUCAUUACCUGAAUCACCAGAUAUUCGACUAUUAGCAUCACCCAUUGAAAUUCGUCAUUAUGCUGAACGAACAUCAUCACAACGUGUUAAACGUGCACUAUUUUCAACAUUUUCAAGUGAUGAUGUUUCAUCAACGAUUACACUACCAUCACCAAGUAAAGAAACACUUUCUAUCGAUGGAAUAUCGUCAUCAUUAAUUGAAAAAAUCCGUUCUAAAGAAACAAAUAAACUCUUAUCAACUUCUAUCGAUUAUGAGAAACAAAUGCUUUCUCGUCUUCAACAAACAAUUGAAAUAACCCAACAAUUUUUUAUUGCUGAACGUGCAACAUCUCUACAAUUAGAUCUUGUAGCUAAACAAAUACGUGAUUGUCAUUCAGGACCACUUUCUUAUACUCAAUCAACGGAAACGCUUCAUUUCCUUCAUACACAUCCGGCAAAUAAUGGUUGGCUUUCGAUAAUUACAAUUCGAGGAAGACAUUUUAUUAAAAUUAAUCGAUAUAAAUCGAUUAACAAAAUUAUUGAAACUAUUCAAAAAGAUUUACAAAAUUAG